AUGUCAUUGCCGCUACGACACCCUUUGGACACCGCAGCGUCUUUAGACAGGGUCCUGGAAGACCUUAUUGUCAGAUUCAUUAUAAACUGUCCACCCGAGGACUUCUCCUCUGUGGAGCGAGAACUUUUCCACGUAGAGGAGGCAACUUGGUUCUACACCGAUUUUGUGAAGAUUUUGAACCCUAACUUACCAAACAUGAAGAUUAAAUCGUUCGCACAACAGGUUAUCAAGCUGUGUCCUAUGGUGUGGAAAUGGGACGUUAGGGCAGAGCAGGCGCUUCAAAAGUUUUCGCAGUAUAAGAGAAGUAUUCCAGUUCGCGGUGCUGCUAUUUUCAACAAGAAGAUGUCGAAAUUGCUCCUUGUAAAGGGAACCGAAUCGGACUCGUGGUCUUUUCCCAGAGGCAAAAUUUCGAAAGACGAAAACGACGUCGAUUGUUGUGUUCGCGAAGUGCUUGAAGAGAUCGGAUUUGAUAUCACUGAUUACAUUGACGAAGAACAAUUUAUCGAGCGAACCAUUGGCGGCAAAAACUACAAAAUUUUUUUAGUUAGUGGGGUCCCCGAAGACUUCAAAUUUGAGCCUCAAGUGCGUAACGAAAUUGAAAAGAUACAAUGGCAUGAUUUCAAAAAGCUGUCUAAGAGCUGCAAUUCUAAAACCUCACACAUCAAAAUCUAUUUGGUCAAUAAUCUCAUGCGACCCUUGACCAUGUGGGCGAAAAGCCACCGGCAGAUUGAUGAUGAUGAAAAGCUCAAGGCUCAUGUUGAAACUCAACUGAAGCUCUUGCUUGGCAUCAAAAAGGAAGAUACUCCUGAUCCAGGCAGAGAAUUACUUAACAUGCUCCAGAAUACUGUGUCGGCAGGCUCGACGGCUACCCAAAACCCUAAUUCAGGUCAACCUAUCACUGCUGAGAACGGCUUAACUUCCGCUGCUGCUGAAUCAACACAUGCUGCUAUUCCAGCUCCUACAUUCGUUGCGCCUCCUCCGCAAUUUCAAAACAAUUUCCCUUUCAUGGCAUUUCAGCCUUUUGCACCAUUUCCUUUUAUGAAUGGCAAUAGUCAUCAAAUCGGCACCGCACCGGUCCCCGACUCUUCCAGCUCUGGUUCUGAGUAUACUCAGCCUCCUCCAACUCCAAACAUGAACACUCUGGCUAAACCUACCGUAGUUGAAGAAGAUGAACAGCAAGAACUGGAAAGAGGACAGGGUGGAGAUUCAAAUCCACAACUUGCUUCCUCUAAGCAGCUUCUUGAUCUGCUCAACAAAAAGGCUUUAGAUGCCGCUGCGACGAAGCAGGCUCAGUCGCCUACGCAACAAAGAAAUGUUGCUUUUCAGCAUGGCGAGAGUAUUCAGACUUCUCCAGCGAACUCGGAAUCUACUGCUAAAUCUUUACUGGAUAUUUUGAAAAAACCACAUGAAGCGAGUCAAUCAGACAACACAAACCUGUUGAAUAUGAUAAAGAAACCUGCGAAAAUUAAUAUUGCCUCACCUGUAAUAUCAAAUCGUGGUUUAGUUUCGAAUCCGAGCUCACCAGCUACUGAAGGUUCAGAAUAUGAAGACUUCGAGAGUAGUUCAGAAGGCGACCAUGACGAGAACGUGGUUGAUCCACUAGAAUUAUUUUCUGAUAGAUAUGACACUGAGAAAAUAAACCAGAGAUACGAACAACGUGCACCCUUGGAGAGCGAGGCGGGUCAUGCCCUCCCAGCCUCCUUUAUCGAGGUCUCUCGUACACCAUCUGGUAAUCCGGAAAACAAACAUGCUGGAUUGUCUUACUCAAAAACCAAAAAAGACUCUACGCCAAACUCAAGAUCAGUAAAUGCUGACGUCGAACAUAGUGGCGUUUCAAGCGUUGGCGAAGAGUCAACUACAGCGACUCAAGAUAAUCAAGGCCCUAAGAGUCAAGUUAAACCAAAAUUCAAGUUGCUUAAACGUGGCGAAAUUUUGGCUAACAUAUCCGAACCAACUAAACCCGAAGUAGUGGCAAAUCUGUCUCCGGACUUUUCUGAGCCCUUGCAUCGUGAAGAGCCCAAUAUUUUAUUAAGUAUGCUGAAAAAGCCAUCCAAACCUACAUCAAGUCACGUCACAGAAGACAGUUCAGUGACAAUUGGUAAUAUUCCGGCCGUUGAGGCUAUUACAAUUUCAAAGUCAAGCGAAAAAAAAGGUACUGUAGAAAUGACAUCAAGUAACGAGGAUUCCAAGAGUUUGCUAGGUCUCUUAAAACAAAGUGAGACUGCUAAUGAGACUGAGGUCAACCACAAUGGCGAAAAUAAAGCAGCGGCAGAACUUUUAGAUAUGCUUCAUGGACAUUCCUACAGAAACAGCAGUACGAACACAGAAAAAUACAUGCCUGGCCUAGAAGUUCAAAUUCAGCAUUCUUUCCAUGGUCAGAGUCCAUUACCAGGUGUGAAAGCAGACGAACAAUCGUCUUGCUCUCCUAAUCAAACUUACGAAGUUCCGAUUGCAAAGAACCAAAGUGCAUCUCAAGAGCUAUUGGGAAUGUUAAAAAAGCCUAAGGCUUAA